AUGCCAAAAAUUGUCUCAAGUUCUAUAAUUUCGUCCUCCGAACAGACAAAUACACGCCCAGAACAACACCUUCAUGUUUACUACUGCCUGUGUAGUGAAUUUAUUUUGGUUAUAGAUGCUCGACUUGAUAAAUUACCUCGUCGUACAACAGAUAGAGCUCAUAUUAUUGCGAACGGAAAACGAGUUUAUAAAUUAAACGCGGUUGAAGCGGAGACACCAAUGAUUUUGAAAAGGGCUGAUGGAUAUGAAAAACAAUAUCGACUACAUUGCCCACGUUGUAAUCUUUUUAUUGCCUACGAGACGACUGAAAGGCGAAAAUCUGGACCUUAUACUUAUAUCGUAGAAAGUGGUUUAACAGAAAAUCAAGGUGUUGUACCACAGGACGCAAUUAAUGAUUAA